AUGGCCAGCGUGCAGCAAGGCGAGAAACAGCUCUUCGAGAAGUUCUGGAGAGGCACCUUCAAAGCCGUGGCCACGCCGCGACCCGAGAGCAUCAUCGUGGCCAGCAUCACGGCCCGCAAGCCGCUGCCCAGCGGGACGCUCAGCUGCCUGCCGUACCCCGCGGAGGACCGGCGGCCCGAGAAGCUGAGCGGCCGCGCAGCCAAGGACACCUCCACCACCAACGGCUGCGCGAAAGGGAAGGAGAGACGGGACCAUGCUCGCCACAGGUCACGCAGCCCUUCAUGUGAUGGGGAGCGUGCACCACUGCCAGCCCGGGGGAAGAAGAAGAAGAAGAAAUCUGGCCGCAAGAAGAGAAGGAGGUCUCCCUCCUACAGCCCCUCACCUGUGAAAAAGAAGAAGAAGAAAAGCUCCAAGAAGCGAAAAAGAAACAGGUUAUCCUCAAAGAAGAGAAGACACAGUUCUUCAAGCCCCAAAAGUAAGAGAAAGGAAGAAAGAAAACACAAAAAACACUCUCGUGGGCGUGCCCGGAAGUCUCACCGCCAUCGGCACCGCCGCGGCCGCUCUCGCUCGGAGAGCUCCGACUCCGGCUCCCCCAGCUGCCGCAGCAGGCACAGAGCCAGGUCUCGGGAGGAAGGACGCAAAACGCGGCGAAGACGCUCCCGGCACCAUUCAAAGAUCACAGCAAAGCGAAGCUCCUCUGCAGAGGUUCAGGCCAGCCCAAAAGCCAGCCAGACCCUCCCACUCUACAGCUUCCUGUCUCCUAAGGAAGUAAUCUCUCAGUCAGGGUCUUCUGCUGACCUCUUUACCAAAACAGACAGCCCGCCUGGCAACCUAGCCAGCCAGAAUGGAGAGUAUCAUGAAUAUGACUCAGGAAACGAUACUUCCUCCCCUCCCUCCACUCAAACGAGCUCAUCCAGGUCAAAGGACAGCCAGGAGAAAAGAAGUCUAGUCCAUGGUGGCUUUGGCCAUGCCUUCUCGUCCGGGAAGCCCAAACUGGCCAACAGCGAUAACAGCUCUGAUUCAGGAAAUUCCUUCACCAGUUGCUUUUCCCAGACCAAGGGAACAGCUUUGGAAAAUCUGUCUCCAGAUGCCCAGGGACAAGACCGAAGAGGGUGCCUGUCCUUGUGUCUCCGCUGUUCGGAGGAGAAAAAGCAAAACUUCUUCCCAUCCCCAACCCACAGCUCCCCGCUGAGGCCAUGCUCCCGCAGCGGGUCCUACACCAGCACGGGCAGAUCCUCCCCUGGCUCCAGCUGCUCCAGCCGCUCCCGCUCCUCACACCGCAGGGCUUCUCCCAGCUACUCCCGGAGCAGGUCCUGCUCUUCAGGAAAGAGGUCUUCUUCACGUUCCCCCAGCUAUUCCUCCAAAUCCUGCAAAAAAAGUCCUGGGAGCAGGAGUUCAAGGCCUCGUCGGAGCCCUAGUUACUCCCGCUACAGCCCUAGCAGGGACCGUGAGGGAGAGCACAAGUACAGCUCCAGCGAGAAGGAGUCCCAGCGGGAGCGGCGGCGGCGGCGGAGGUCCUACUCCCCCCUGAGGAAGCGCAGGAGAGACUCUCCCAGCCACCUGGAAGCUCGGCGCAUCACAAGUGCCCGCAAGCGCCCCAUCCCCUACUACCGGCCCAGCCCCUCCUCCAGCAGCGCCAGCAGCUAUUCCUCCUGGUCCAGCAGCUUCAGCCGCUCCCCGAGCCGCAGCCGGAGCUACUCCAGCUACCGAACAAGCCGGAGCCGGAGCUGGAGCAGCAGCAGCACUGAGGACAGGAGCCACAGCCACAGCUCGGGCCCCAGGAGCAGCCGCAGCAGGAGCAGGAGCUAUGACUCAGGAGGCAGCUCCGACAGCCUCCGUCGUUAG